AUGGCCGCGAAAGGUGGUGAGCUUGAACUUCUGAGUGCGAGACUUCAGAGUCUGCAGAAUGUUGGAUUGAGUAUGCAGCGGUCCCGCCUCCAAGGCAUCAAAGAUAAAGCUCUGUGGAGUUGGCAUAAAGACAAGUUCGAGGCUGACCAAAAGAGUACCCUGCAAAAACUUGGCCAUAUCCGAGCGCGUUUGUCAGAUGAUGAUUUCGAAGUCAACUUGAGUAGUAACACAUUAUUACAAAACAUAGCAUCUCGGAAGCAGGGAAAGCGUAUCAUCAGCACAUUAGACUGGAUCUGCCGCGAUACCAUUGACAGGCCAUCCUUUCCUGCUUCAACAAUCGCGAAGGAUAACAUCAGUUUUGUGAAGGCUGAUGACAUGUACAACCAGUGGCGAGAGGAUGAGUCCUGGCAAUUCAACUGCUAUGGCAGACCUGGGAGUGGUAAAUCUUUGCGAGCGCAGGCCGUGCUAGAUGACUUACAUGCCAGGGAGCGUGCUGGCGUACGUAUCCCGCAGGUCAUCGCCGACGCGUAUGACUCUGCAAAGGUCGGAGGUAGUACUUCACAAGAUCUCGAGCUCGAGAUGGUUCGAGAUGCCUUACGCCAAGAACCUUCUACUAUCGGCAAGAUUGUCCUCGUGAUUGAUGCUAUCGACGAAGUCGGAACAGCUCAAUCAGAGGUCGAGACAGAGAUUCAUCAACUCCGAGACAUGGGUGUGUGUAUCUUCAGCACCGAUCGGCGAGUACCACGUAAUAGCUACCAUCGAGUGGUGUGCUUCCACUGUCAAAGAGGUCCGUUGGAUUUCUACUGGCGUUGUCCAAGAUGCAUAGGCUAUCUCCAAUAUCCACUGGAUGUUUGUCGAAAUUGUGAUACGCUGGGUAAGAGGUGCAAGGAGGCUGCUCAUCAAAUGAAGCCAUUCGGGAGGUUGCAUCAGGAAAUCACGGCUUCUCUGCAAGACGUUACAAGUUUCAUCAACGCAUUUGUCGCUAAAGAGCUGCAGAAUGGGGACGUUGGAGAAGACGAUGGUUCCAUGUUUGAGGGCUUUGUGCCUGCUCUUUCCACACUACAGUCCGAACUUGGCGCAGACUUCUGGACCACACUUCCGGCCACGGUUCACGAUGCUGCCAACGGUAUUUUCAUCCACGUGCAGCUUUUCAUGCAGCAGUUGAAAGCCCAGCAUAAUGUCGAUGGAAUCAGAGAACUACUAAGGAAGCUCACAGACGGUACUAUGGACGAUUUUGACCAGCAAUAUAACAUGAUGCUGGACGUGUGUAUCAAGCAAACGCAUCCGGCGUCGGCCAAGGUCGCACGGAACCAUAUGAGCUUGGUCUCCUGCGCUUACGAGAUCCUUGCAUUCGAUCAAUUAUCGCAUGCCACAGCCGCGAAGUACAAGUAUAGGGCUUCGAAAGAUCUUGCUGGAAGGCGGACUAUCAAAGACCUCGUACGGCGGGAUACGCAAGGUCUGCUAACUCUAGAGAGCACGGGCAAGGUCGAAUCGUUUCCGGUCGUGUUCUUCCACCAAUCCCUGUCAGUAUACAUUCAUGAAAACAGAUCGAGAUUGUUUCCAGAUGCGCCACAACAGAUGUUCGAUGCAUGCAUAGCCUAUCUGUUGCUUGAUGCCUUUCGCCAGCCGUUCGCUUCUGUGCAGGAAAUGGAUAAAAUUGUGGAAGAGUAUCCUUUUGCAUCGUAUGCAGCGCGGUACUGGGGUUGGCAUGCCAGAGACGUUCCUCAGGAUAUACGGAAUUGCUCAAACCUUCUUAAGCUUCUCGGUGAUGAAGCACGACUACACUGCAUCAUGCAGGUAGCAUGGCACAGUCCUGUAAUGCGGGAGGGCGCCUGGGAUGUUACGGGAGGCAUCAGGCCAUUGCACUGUGCAGCGUUCCACGGCCUCACGCCAUUAUGCCAUGCUUUGCUCGAAGCUGGGUGCGUAGUCGACCCAGAAGAGAGUACGUACGGCCAGACGCCACUCAUAUACGCUUGUCGCAAUGGGCACGAGGAGACUGUCAAGCUGUUGCUGAAUCGCGGCGCCAAUUGCAACCAUGCACCUAUUGCUGGCAACACACCACUACUACAGGCUAUCGAGCAUGGUCAUCUGGCUGCUUUUAGGGUGCUCAUGAAUCAGCCGGAACUAGACGUCAACAAGCGUGGCCGGGGAAUGGUGUGUAGAACUCCCCUGGGCACCUCUGCAAAGACAGACGAGGCCGAGAUAACGAAAGAGCUCCUCAAGGCAAAAGACAUCGAUGUAAACAGAACUGAUGGCGCAGGGUGUACAGCAUUGGCGAGAGCAGUGGACAGUAUCGCCGUUGACACUGUGCGAUUAUUGCUUGCAGACGACCGUGUCGAUCUCAACAUCAUCGAGCCCCUUGGUUCUCGUACGGCCCUCGACAAGACUACGGAUCACGGCUUGGACUACUUGCAAGACUCUGCCAAUAUAUGUGCUAUCGCAAAGAUGCUGCUUGAAGAUCGACGGCGGCCGCAGGUAUCUUCCCAAGCAAUUACGAACGUCAUUGAGUCGGAGCAUCAUAAAAUCGAGCUACUAGAAUUACUGGCCGCUGCUUCGUCGAGUCUAGACCAUACAGAUGAGUACGGUCGUAGCUAUCUGCAUCUCGCUGCAGCUGGCAACCACGCUGACGUCCUCGAGUCACUACACCGAGCUCUAGCUCGCCAGCCUGGCUUUAACCUCGAUAUACAAGACAUGUUCGGAGCCACGGCUCUACAUCUGGCCUGUCGUGAGGUUGCGCUAGAAAGCGUGAAGACCAUUCGAUAUCUAAUUGAUGCAAAUAGCGAUCUUUCGCUUCUAGACCAUCAACGACGACCCAGCUUUGCUCUGGCUAGGAGUGCGUCGGAGAAGUACUGGAAGUCAGAUAUCAGAGCACUGUUCGCCGCUCGUGUUGCGCCAGACAUUCUAGAUGCGAAACCGACGGAGACACGGACCAUAAAAGCCAUUAUUAAGGUGGGCCAUCGUGCAGCACUGGAGUCUGCUCUUUCGUCGCUCAAGGCACCUCUGGAUCCUGAGAGAGAUCCUUACACGAAGAGCACGAUUCUUCACCAAGUCAUGGAUUUACAUGAUGGUGAUAGCCGCCAUGACAUGCUGCGAACGAUUUUACCAUACUCUGGACACUUUAUCAGCGCCGCUAACAACUACGGACGUACUUGUGCUCACAUUGCCACUCUAUCAGGAGACCUUCUGAGUCUUGAGCUCUUGGUCGAGCAUGGCAUUGACAAAGAGGUGAAAGACAAAUACAACCUGACCGCUUUCGAGCUCGCUCAAAUGUGGCAGCAGCACAACAUCUGCAUAUUUCUCAUCAACAGAGAUGCACAGCUCCCACCACGCGGGCAGCUUUCCCAGGAGCUCAUACAUGUCGCAGUGAGCCUUGGUGAUCUCACAGCACUUGAAAGGCUCGUAAGAGCAGGGCUCACGAUACAACAGCGCGAUGAUGCUCUGAACACUACCGCAUUGCAGCGUGCGGAAGCGCUACUGCAAGAUGCACUACAAGAGGCCACCGAUGAUAUCUGA